CGGCGGGCGGGGCGGGGCGGAGCGGCGGGCAGGUUGCUGUUGUUACAUAGGAAACAGCUGAAGAGUCUCCACAUGACAGGGGGGGAAGGAGGAAGUGGGGCGACCCGCGGGGUGCCGCUGCCGCUCCGGUAGCUGCGGGGCUCGGGCAGCGGCAGCCGACGGGGAGAGCCCUUCCCGCGACGUGCGGGCUGGCCGCCCUCGGGGGCGGGCUUGCACUCCGGUGCUGCCGCUGAGAGGAGGCGGGUGAGCGGGCAGAGAGCGGGGGAGCGCCCCGCCGGGCCGCGGCGUCUCGCUGGGGAAGUUCGGUCCGGGGCGGUAUCCCGCCUCCUUCCCUCGGGCCUCCCGCCGGCUGCGGCGGUGGCGCCGGGCAUGAACGGCUUCGCCCCCGAGGAGGUGACCCAGCGCGGGGCGGACCCUGCCGCCGCCGCCGCCGCGGUGGUGGGCAAUGCGGGCUCCGCCGUGGAGGUGCCGCCGCCGCCGCCAGCGCCGCCCGGGCUGGGUCCGGCCGUAGCCGUCGCCGCGGGUUCGGUGGGCGCCGGGGGUGCGGGCGGCCCCGGGGCUGGGCAGCUGUGCUGUCUGCGGGAGGAGGGGGAACGGUGCGGCCGCGCUGCCGGCAACGCCAGCUUCAGCAAGCGGAUCCAGAAGAGCAUCUCGCAGAAGAAGGUGAAGAUCGAGCUGGACAAGAGCGCAAGACAUCUGUAUAUUUGUGACUUCCACAAAAACUUAAUUCAGAGUGUGAGAAAUAGAAGAAAGAGGAAAGGCAGCGAUGAUGAUGGUGACUCACCCGUGCAAGACAUCGACACUCCAGAGGUUGAUUUAUAUCAGUUACAAGUAAACACACUUCGAAGGUACAAAAGACACUUCAAGCUACAGACCAGACCAGGACUUAACAAAGCACAGCUCGUUGAAAUAAUUGGCUGCCACUUUAGGACAAUUCCAGUGAAUGAAAAGGACACCUUAGCAUAUUUCAUCUACUCGGUGAAGAAUGAAAAGAACAAGCCAGAUCUAAAAAUGGAUAGUGGGGUUCAUUAGACGGAAAAGGCUGGGACUGAGGCUCAGGCUGCAAAUCAAAAGACUGAGGUUUUGUUGAUAUGCAGAAGCUUUCUUUGUAACUUUUUCUCCCCAGAGACUUUGUGUCUGUUUUAUUUUUCAUAACCUUGCUGAUUUGUUUGAAAACCAUCUCUUAUAAAACAAAUUUCCUCAGCAAAAGUAUUUUAAAUAAAUAUCACUGAUACUGUUACUCGAGUGGAUGUGUCUGUAACUUAUUGAGUUACUCGUACCUAAUAGUUAAGCUUUGACUAACUAUGUAAUAAUAUUAAAAUAUUUUUCAAUUAAAGUGUGCCGAGGAUAUAUUUAUGGAUGUACUUCAAGUUCUCAUGAUGAGAUGCCUUUAAAAAAAAAACCCCAAAUCUGUAGCAGACUUGGCAAUAGGUUCUUUUUCCUAAGGUAAAAGGCUUUAAAUGACAGUUCAGUUGUUAGCUGGGCAGAAAUGGUUGAAUAACAUUUUAUUUUUCCUCUUGAAACAAGAAUUGAGGGGGGCUUUUCUGAUGUGUGUAUUCAUCUUGUCACUGCUGGGAUAUGUGCUUCCAAGCACUGAGUCCGCCUUGCUCCUAUGUUAAAAUGGGGAAAAAAAUGCAGCUCUCAAAUUUCAAAGCUGUAAGUGGGAUGAAAAGACUGCUGUGGCUUACUGUGCCGAGAAAUCCUUCCACUCGGGAAGAAAUCCUUUAGCUGCUGACUUUUCCAUUCAUCUACAUAGGCUGCUGCUAGGAACUUAAUUGGAGAAUGGAAAACGGAGUCUGUGCUGGGUCAAUACAGUAUCUUCUAAUAGGCAUACUGUUUCUUUUUCAUUGCAUGCAUUAGCUCAGGCCCGUU